GAACUGUGCUUUGGUUUUCGGGAGGGCAAGGGUCGCCCCAGCCUUGCCGCUGAAGUUCUAGGCUGGGGUCAUUUUUUUUCUUGCGUUAUCACAGGCAGAGCGUCCAGCUUGCCAAACUCUGCAGAAGGCUCCAGAUAGGGAAACCCGUGGACGCCAAUCUAGAGGACCAAACCGACCCGCUGCGGUCGACCAACCCAAUCUCAUCGAGUCUUUUCGCCUCCAGGGUACCUCCAGGAGCCCAGGGAGCCAGGCGGGGGCGAGAGGGAGCCCCAGAAGGAGCGCAACAGGCAGGUCCCGACCCGUCGGAGAUCACGCGGCGAGUCUCUGCCUCAAACCGUCCGCCGCCUCCGAGCAGUCGCCGGAUUGCCGCCUCCCCACCCCCGGCUCUCUCGCUCAGGAGAGGCUCUGCAGCUGGCGUUCAGGCCCGCGAGCUCGCCCACGCAUCAGCCCACGCCGCGGCCCUCGGGUUUGCAAAGAUGUCCGCCAAGCCCAAUGCCGGCUUCGUGAACGAGGCUUCUCGUCAGAUUCUGGCCGGUGGUUCCGCUGGUCUUGUAGAAGUUUGCCUGAUGCACCCUCUCGAUGUGGUGAAAACCAGGUUUCAGAUUCAGAGAUGUGCAACUGAUCCAAAUAGUUACAAAAGCUUAGGAGACAGCUUUCAAAUGAUUUUCCGCACAGAAGGGUUGUUUGGUUUUUACAAGGGAAUUCUACCACCCAUCUUGGCUGAAACACCAAAAAGAGCAGUGAAGUUUUUCACCUUUGAGCAGUACAAGAACUUGCUAGGAUAUGUGUCACUGUCACCAGCACUGACAUUUGCCAUUGCUGGUUUGGGAUCUGGACUAACAGAAGCCAUUGUGGUCAACCCCUUUGAGGUAGUAAAAGUUGGCUUGCAAGCCAAUCGGAACACAUUUAAAGAGCAACCAUCCACCAUGAGUUAUGCAAGACACAUCAUUAAGAAAGAAGGCUUGGGACUCCAGGGCCUGAACAAAGGAUUUACAGCAACUUUGGGACGUCAUGGAGUUUUCAACAUGGUUUAUUUUGGCUUCUACUUCAAUGUCAAAAACAUUGUUCCUGUCAAUAAGGAUCCAACCUUGGAGUUUUUGAGAAAAUUUGGUAUUGGCCUUCUCUCGGGCACAAUAGCUUCAGUCAUUAACAUCCCUUUUGAUGUUGCCAAAAGUAGGAUUCAAGGGCCUCAGCCAGUUCCUGGAGAGAUCAAGUACAGAACCUGUUUUAAAACGAUGGCAACCAUCUAUCAGGAAGAAGGGAUUUCAGCUUUGUAUAAAGGCCUGCUUCCCAAGAUUAUGAGGCUUGGACCAGGUGGUGCCGUGAUGCUGCUGGUUUAUGAAUACACCUAUUCAUGGCUUCAGGAGAACUGGUGAUACCCUUGCAUCCUAUGAGAGAGAACACUGCCUGCUUGGAGGCCAUGAAAUUGAACCUUUAACCUCUCCAUGUGGAUGGGACAGAAAAGGAUCUCUGAAGAGUGCAUUUGCCAGUUUAAAGAUAACAAUUUUACUCCCUAAGAAACAGAGGAAAUAUGUCAACAUUAACCAAUAAUAAUAAUGUUCAAAUACCAGACAAUCUCAAUCCCAUAUCCCAUCCCAAUUUCCUUCUCUUAUUUUUAAAAGUAGCUUUAAAUCAUAAUGUGCUUUGAAUAGCAAACUGCAUUUGGGCUUUGUCUUUAUCUUUUAAAAUUUAUUCCAUGUGAAUUCACCUUUGCUAGGAAAAGACCUAGGGGA